AUGUAUGUUAAUAUCCCUAAGUUUACCACCAUGACUGAAGAAUUGGUUUUGGAUGACAUUGCAGGUGAUUGAUGCUUUUCCGACUAAUGCAGAUGCACUAUCCAGUCGAAGCUUUUGCUGGGCUCAAUUGGAAACAGGUGAUGGUGCACUAGAAGAUGCUUUAAGUUGCAUUAGGCUAAGACCUGACUGGCCAGAGGCUUACUACAGGGCGGGUGUCGCAUGGAUGUUAUUGGAAGAUUUUGAGAAAGCUGCUGAUGCAUUUUAUGAUGGUUGGAAGUUGAAUCUUGAAGAUGAGGAGCUUGAACGUGCUUUUUGGGAGUCUGGUAGUCAGAACUCUGUACAUUUGUUCCUUGGUUUGAACAAGAUGGGGUUUUAAAAACAGAAGCAAUAAUCUAAUCUACUGAUUUUGAAUUUAAGCUUCUAACAUCACAUGCCUUUGUGUGAUCAGACAUUGAACGUGAUGCCAAUUUGGUAUAAUUUUCAUGAAGAGUUGCUUCAUUUUAGACUACAGGGAUAAUCUAAACUUGUUUCUAUGUUCUGAAUUCUGAUUUAGUGUUUAGUAGUUUCUUUUGGUAUAGCUGCAAUCCAUUUUCUCUUCACAAUAUUCUGCCAUGUAAUUAGUUGCUGGUAGCUAGUAGCUACAGGUCAAUGUAUUAUAUAUAAUCAAAUGAAAAAUUUAUU